AUGUUCACGCCGCAUAGGAGGCCGUCGCUUGCAAUUUCGUUAACUCCUCGAAGUGAGAUGCACAGAAGUGGCGGGGCUAAUGCAGGGGCCACUAACCCUGGAACAUGCGGGGAUUGUCCACGGUGCGGUGAUAUGGGUAAUGCAAGAAAGAUGUUUGAUAAAAUGCGUGACAUAAUUAUCGUGGCGUGGAAGGCGAUGAUUUGUGGAUGUGAGCAAAAUGGGUACGCUAAAGAGGCAAUUGGGUUGUUUGAUCGAAUGAAGGAAAUGGGCGUUGAACCGGAUUCGGCCGCGUUUUUUAGGUGUUGGGUGCAUGAGUAUGUUGUUAGGAAUGGUUUGGAUUUGAAUGUGGUGCUUGGUACUUCGUUGAUUAAUAUGUACACAAGGUGUGGGAAUGUGAGUAAAGCGAGAGAGGUUUUUGAUGUGAUGAAGGAAAGGAAUGUAAUAGCUUGGACGGUGAUGAUUUCUGGGAUUUCGUCCAGGAAACCAAUCACAGUCACCAAUCCCAUAUUGUCUGGUGGCUUUGGCACUGAAAUUGAGGAGAUCAGUACGUACUAG